AUGAACUUCAUCCUUCUCUUCCUCCUGGCAACAGUGAGUGCAGCCACCAGUGCCCCCUUCCGGAACUUAUGGCAAUUCCAUAACAUGAUCAAAUGCACCAUUCCGAGCAGUGACCCACUGAAGGAUUACAGUAACUAUGGCUGCUACUGUGGCCUUGGCGGCAGUGGGACUCCAGUGGAUGACCUGGACAGGUGCUGCCAGAUUCAUGACAACUGCUACGGAGAAGCCAAUAAACACUCUGACUGUAAAUUCCUCCUGGACAACCCCUACACAAAGACCUACACCUACAGCUGCUCUGGCAGUGAUAUCACCUGCAGCGAAGAGAAUGAUACAUGUGCAGCAUUUAUCUGCAACUGUGACCGAAGCGCUGCCAUCUGUUUUGCUGGAGCUUCGUACAAUGAAGAAAACAAGAAACUGGACACCAGCAAAUUCUGCAAAUGAAACUCAUCUCAUCUUGCACAAGCGCACGGAAACAAAACUUUUGCAUAGUC